GAUACAGACGAUUAUAAUAGCUCAUUUCGUAAAAAUCCUCCACGCAUUAGAAAAAAAAGUAGAUAUUAUGAAGAAUAUUACGACCAGCCAGCUAAUAACUAUCGAGGUCGAGAGCAAAACAGAGCUUUUGCUACACAAAGACCAGCCUUGCACCCAGAUCCAGUCCAACGAAUUCGAAAACCUACCAAACCUCAUAAAGCAAUAAGUGGAAACCUCGCUUGGCGGAGCGCUUAUCCUAAUCCGGAACGCAGGAUAGCACAAAUAAAUGCUGUCAGAUUAAGAAACGUUUUAAAAUUACCAAAAGCUCACAAAUGGGUCUUUUAUGAAUGGUUUUAUUCUAACUUGGAUCGUCCUUUAUUGCUCGGGGAAAAUGACUUUCGAAUUUGUCUUCGUGAAAAUUUUCCAAAUAUCAAGACUAAACGCCUUACUCGGGCUCACUGGUCUCUUCUUCGCAGACUGAUGGGUAAGCCUCGCAGAUGCUCAGCUGCUUUCUUCGACGAAGAACGACGAUCCUUGAACGAAAAAAGGGAAAAAAUUCGCACGUUACAAGUGACACGUUCUGUUCAGUUGGAGUACCUCCGUGACUUACCUGAUGACAUGCACGUCCCUAUGCCUCUCAUUAUAGGCACGAAAAUAACUGCCAGAGUCAGAUAUCCCACUGAUGGUCUUUACACAGGGAAGGUAGAUGCUAUUGAUGCUCUUCGACAUUGCUAUAGAGUCACAUUUGAUAAACCUGCUCUCGGAACUCGUUCUAUCCCUGAUUACGAGGUUCUCAGUAUUUUUCCUCAGGAAACUAUACCUCUAUCUGCAUACAAGACCCAGCACAAAGCCAGUCGUAACCUCUUCAUGAGUCCGGCCCGCCUUUUGGCCCAAUCAGCGCUGCAGGGCAAGCGCCAUCAUAUGCAUCAGCAUAAAAUGGGACAUGCUAGUGAUAUUAACCUUAACGACUGUCCCCUUUGUCAAUCCGAAGCAUCCGGUGGUGCAGGAUCUGGGUCUGGCGGUUUCAAUCAACACGGCAGUCUUCUUCCAUUAAAGUUACCUGUUAUCAGUAGUGGAGACGUAGCUGCUUCCAUGGGAAGUGCCGCUCUUUCCAUUAAUGAUCAUGAUGCUCGCGGUAAAUUGAUGCUGAACGAAGCAGAUAUAUAUGGUGGAUAUCCAAUGAAAUUUCUCGUAAUGGUCACAAAGCUUUCGAAGAUUCUCGAGGUUAAAAAGCGCUGUGUUGAUGAAUUGCAGGAUUUGAACACUGAAGCCGAAAGAAAGAUUUCAAACCAAGCUGAGUUGUCAUUGGAGUUUCAACACAGCUACAUGACAUUAAUCGUUCAUUUAGAGCGUCUAAAUAAGGAAUUAAAUCAGUAUCUGGCACACGUGCUGCAGUAUGCAAAUGAAGCUGUUUAUGUUCUACUGUUUGGUGUUGGGAAUUAUAAGAACCUUGAUCAUAGAUUUUACUAA